AUAGACCGUGUUAGCUAGAAUGCUAGCCUAGCAUAGUGUUAGCGAACGUGAUCUGGUGUUAAUAGAAUAGAAGUAUAUAUUUGUUCUAGAUUAUUACUCCAGUACAUCUGACAUCUAGAUUACAUUGCUUAUAUAUUGGUGGCGGAUUGAUCAUGGCUGACCUUCAGACUGUUCACGACAACAAGGAUGGCGCUUUCGUACACUGCACGGCUUGUAACAAAAGAAUGAAGGGGGGGAUUCACUAUGAAAUCCAUCGGACCACCUUACAGCAUCUGAAGAAAGAGGAAGCCCUUGCUGCUAUGGGCCUCAUCCCUAGUCCACCACUACUGCCAGAAUGGACCGAUAUCACACAGUACUUGAAGUACCUGAAUCUGGAUGAACCAAUUAUUGGACUUAGUGCCUUGGAACAAGUUAAGGAUUUGGUCACAGACAAUAGCAGAGUCCUGUUGAAGUACAGGUGUACACUAUGUGAAGUAGAGACAGACUUGUAUUGCACAGUCAUUCAUGUGGUGGGUCGCAAGCAUCGUCAGAAGUACCUGGAACAAAAGAGGCCAGACUUGCUGACUUGGACAAAGAAUUCACCAAAACAACCUGAACUUUUAAAAGCUACGGCUGCAGUGGUGGAAGAGCAAGAAGGAUGGGGCGAGCCAGGGCCACUGCCCAGACCAGAAAAGGCAAAACAUAAAAGAAAUCAAGGCAAUAAAAAAGAACAAGGCAGCCGACCUUCUGCACGUCGAAGAGUCUCUACUGAGCGAGAGCGAUCCCGUCGGGGUGAAGACUUUUACAGACGGUCAUACUUAACAGACGAUACACAUGGGAGGUCGUUGUCUUAUUGUGAUGAUAACUUGUAUGAUGAGUCUUAUAGAGAUUCCAAAGUUCGACGGCGGUCCAAUUUGAAAGAUGACAAAUAUGACACAUUUUAUACUCGAGAUGGCAGACACAAGAGGUCUUAUGACGAUAACUAUCGCAGGGAAGCUCCUUACGGAGAAGAGGAUACUAACAUGGGGUCUUAUUCAGGACCUGCAUCUCGUGAAAGACGUUACAUUGAUGAAGCCGUUCCACAGUCUUAUUCUGAUGAGCGUCAGGACAAAUAUUGCCCAGAAAUAAAGCCCAGCGGAAGGAAACAUGAUUUCUACCGUGACAGCAUUUCUAAAAACAGAUAUGGAGAGUUUGGUUCAGCUCUACACACAGACGUGUAUGGAUCUUAUCAGGAAAGAGGAUCUAGCAUGGAUGAAAUGCAGAUUCAUGGCAAAAACUUUCAGUAUAGCAAAGAUGAAAGAGAACAUUUCCCAGCCAUGGAAAGAUCAGCAAGGGCGGGGUCUUUUGAAAUGCGAGGCUAUAGACAAGGACAGCGUUACUUCCCAGAUGAGGAUAUUCCUGCCAAAAAGCCCAGGACAAGCAGGUUUUCUGAUGAUUCACCACUAGAGAUGGACUUUGCACAUAAGAGGUCCACUGAAGCAAUAAUUCCUGACAACACAGUGACUGGAAAGAAUGUGGACUGGGGUGUAACACAGUUUACUCCAAAGAUGGAAAAUGUUUUAGACGUACUGAAUAACAUUGAAAUUGAAAAUGUGCAAGAGGCCAACUUCUUAAAGGAGAGGUUAUGUACUCUUAUCAAAGAAUUCCAAUCAAAUAAAGCUCUACAAGCUCAGAAGAGCCAGGUUUUACAGAGUUCUAGCACUUUUACAGACUACAGUAACAUGGGCAGUAACUACAUUGAUCAGCUCAAAGAUAUGCUGGAGCAAAGACGUUCAAGUCAUCAAGAAUUUCAAGAGUCUGCAAGAUACGGUCAUGAUUCAAGACGUUUUGAGGACAAUUUCAACGGUCUGCAGGAGCAGAAGCAGUUCGAGAUAAACCCCAGAGAUUUUCCAGAGGCAAAACAUUUUAAGGAGGAGCGCAGACAGUUUCCAGACAUGAUGUCUUAUGAAAACGGCACACUUCAGGAAUCGGGGAGGUACAAAAGUGACUAUAGUGAUUUUCAAUUUAAAUUUAAAGAUAAUCCAACCAGCUUUCAGCAGACAAGAGGAUUUGGAGACAGCACCAAAGACUAUUUACAUACAAGGCAUUAUAUAGAGGACAGACAAGCAUUUACUGACAGGUCUCAGGAUUUUGAAUAUGGAAGUAAAGAAGACCCCAGGAGGAAGAACAGAGGUUCAGAAAAAUCUAGACAUGGAGAUUAUGAUCAAAUGUUUACAGAUUCAUGGUCUCACUCAAAGGCAUCACAAAGGGAUCUCGGGUCCUCCUCUCAAACUAACUUUAAAAAGGAGCAUGGGAAAUGUCACUGGGAUGUCAGCAGAACUGGCACAGCUGAGCAACCUGAAGAUUACACGGCUUGUCAUCCAGCUGAUGAAAAAAGUUACCAAGAACGCUGGAGACAACAUUAUCAGCAUGACUAUGGAUCUGCCGGAGACGUCUCUGACACGUUUGAGUCCUCAUCAUCACACAAGGAAGCGGGGCACUCCUCCUCUCUCAAUAAUCUCGCUUCCACUCUUCUGCAGCUUGUGGCACGCAAAACGAAUUAAAAGUUCACUUUGAUUUAGUUUAGAAUCAGUGGCACUGUAACUGUUUAGUGAUUAACAAUUAAAGGAUUAUAUUGGCUGUGUUUUUAGUUUAACAACAACUGCCCACGUUUAGAUGUCAUGUUUGUUUGUUUGUUUGUUUAUCUUUUUUAACAGAAUGAAAUUCACUUGCUAUUAAAAACCCCAUAUCUUUAAAAGUUCUUUUAGCUUCAGGGAUCACUUGAUUCAAAUUGAGUUCUGAGUCUAAAGCUUUUUGAAAGAAGCAUGUGAUUUUUUUCAAGUUAUUUAAAUAAAUGACUUGUGUUGAACUAAAAAAAAUUAAGAAUUGCAGAUGUUUUCAAUGAUUUUUGUAUGCAACAUUUCUUGAUAGUGUGGACUUUUUU